UGACCUGAAGGAUUAUGUUUUCCUAGCUUUCUAAAAACAGACAUGUUAGUCACAAAAAGUCUGAUAGUAAUAGGAUUACAAUACUCUGCGUAGGACACUUUUCUACCAUCAACGGAUAAUCAGGGAAAAAUAUGGAUAUUGACAUAUAUUUUGAAAGAUUGGGUGAAUUCGGGAGAUAUAAUGUCAUAUUCCUUACAUUAGUUUGUGUAUUUGGUUCCGCAGUACCUUCAUGGCAAAUUUUAUCAUUUGUAUUUAUAUUCUAUGAGCCGCCUCAUCAUUGCAAGCCCGAUGGGGAGCUUAACGCCAGUAUACCGCUUGCCGAUAAUGGAGGAUUUGAAAGCUGUGUUAUGUACGCCGAUGAUUACAGAUACAAUCGAAGUAUCGAUACUGUACCGUGCAAGGAAGGUUGGUCGUAUGACGUAGAAGAAAAUGAGGCUACAUUAGUAACUGAACUGGAUUUGGUGUGUCAAGAUUCUAUCUACGCUGCAAACGCUGUCUCAGUUUACUUUGCUGGCAUUCUAUUCAGCUCACUGGUUGGCGGAUAUCUGUCAGAUACGUUUGGCCGUAAGCGAAUAUCGUUUGUCAGCAUGGGAUGUGGAAUUGUUGCUGGCGUUAGCUUAACGUUUACACGCAAUUACGCUUCAUUUGUCAUAUUAUGGUUCUUUUCGGCGGUCUUUAACGCACUUGUGUUGACGUGCUUUUUCACUCUCAUUAUCGAGAUGUUCUCUUCAAAACGUCGAACAGCAGCAAUUUGCUUGAUAGGAAUAGCUUGGUCGAUUGGCCUGUGUUUUCUGACGCCAAUCGCUUACAAGUUUCAAAAUUGGCGCCAUUUCGGAUUAGCAAUACAUCUGCCUACCAUAUUAGCCUUACCAAGCUGGUGGUUUUUUGUUGAGUCUCCGAGGUGGCUAAUUAAUAAGAAUAAAUUUUUGGACGCCAGAGCAGCGUUUAAGAAAAUUGCUAAUAUCAAUAACAUAUCAGAAGACAAACAACAGUGGAUUAACACUCUGCAAAAUGUAAAAAGUGAAAAUGAGGAAGUGGAAAAAUCCAAAAAGAUUCACACCAUUCUGGAUAUGAUUAAAACACCACGACUCAGAAAAAUCACAAUACUGAUGGCUUACAUAUGGUUUGUGGACAGUAUGGUAUAUUAUGGUUUAUCUCACAACUCCUCUAAAAUUGCGGGCAAUCGAUUCAUCAACUUUCUCGUUAUCACAGUAGCAGAAUUUCCGGCUAGUCUUCUCGCCAUAUAUAUUUUGCCACGAUAUGGUCGUAGGCCGCAGCUGCUUCUGUUUCAAUGCCUAGCUGCAUUGGCAUGCAUUAUUGUAGCAUUUGUACCAAAAGAGACAGCAGGCGGCGUUAGCCUUUAUUUCCUGAUCACUACAUUGUCUUUUAUUGGAAAGUUCUGCAUCUCCCUAACGUUUACAAUAAUUUGGCUUUUCGCAUCCGAAAUAUAUCCUACAAUCAUCAGAACAACAGGUGUUUUCACUUGCUCAAUGUUUGCAAGGUUUGGUGGUAUUGCUGCACCGUACAUAAUGCAUUUGGUGAGUACAGUACCGGUACUACACCUGUACUAA